AAAUCAGGCAAUCAUGUUGCAAGGUUCUGUCACGUAAGCUCUUUGUUGCCUAUGUUGUGCUUGGCGUUUAUUAAAAUCCGUCGUGUUAUACAAAUGGGCCAGAAAGCCCAUAAAAAGUCGAAGCCUCUUACAUGAUACUCGCCGACUCGACCUUGCCUUCCUCAUUUCUCCAAACCCUAAUUUAUUUUCCUUAUCGUUUCAUGUCUCUGUAAAUAGACGCUCCGUUUCGAAACCCUAGCAAUUCAGAAUCUUUACCCCUCGCCUCUUAGGCUUUUUUGUUUUGUUUUGUUUUGUUUUUUAAGAUUCUCCGGUCACUGUGGAGAGAUAGAUUAUAAGGAGAGGGGAAGUCGGAGGUGGUGGAUCAGAAACGCAUAAACAAGGUUCAUGAUAAUCGAGUGUCACAUUUGUUGUCUCACACCGUCAACGGAAAGGGCAAAGCAGCGUCGAACUCCGUCACGAUAGGGAAGCAAUUGCAUGACCACAACACCCGCGAUUCACGUUCUGCUUCCCUCUCCAAAGCCACCAUUUUCGACGGGGACAGGUGAGGAAGCCAUUGAAACAGUAAAACUUCUUGCUCUUAAAGAGGGAUUGCUGGUGGGAAUAUCCCAGCUGCUGCGUUGAAGGUUGCAAAGCGGCCAGAAAAUGGAGGCAAACUCAUUGUAGUAAAUCUUUUUUUUUUUGUCUCUGACUUACCAUAAAUGUUUGAGUUAGAGUAUGAAAAAUCAGGGAUCAGAAUUUUGAUCGUUUAGGAAUCCUUUACCCUUGGGUUGAUCAUGAAAUUGUUUACUGUUGCUUGAUACCAAAAUUUUGAAGGUUUUUAACUUCCUAUGCUUGGGGUUUCCUUUGUUUUAUGUGUGUUUAUCAUCUUUAUGGUUUAUGGGAUAUGUAAAUAAGCCAUGGGCAAUUAUUUGAAAGAAGUUUCAAGCAGUUAUUGUUUUGUAGAAUUCGACUCUACAGAGAUGUGCAAGUAUAUAGUUUUGUUUCUCUUUGAAAUUUCAAGUUUCUUGAAUUUGAUGAAGUGCAAAGACACAUUUCUUUUUAAUUUCAGGGAACUUCUAUGGAUGAGCAUGCUUUCAGGUUGAGAUUCUGGACACAAGCAGAGGGACACGGUUGGGAAAGCUUGAGAUAAUAUUCCAACAAAGUUACUUGUAAAAGUUUUAGCUGUUGAGGCAACCGGAAAGAGCUAAGACAGCUUUUCAGGACUUGAACAGCUACAAAGGGACGUGACAUGCCAUUGGUCUCUGUCGUAAUAGAAGUUGUGUUGGAUUUACUACCCUCAGAAACAUCAAACACAAUCCUUCAUGUUUCUUUGUUUAUGCAUAGCUUCCAAAGAGGAAUAUUGGAAAAUAUUCAAGUUAAAAUUUUGUUGAUUUAAUGACAAAGCAAGAAACGUCAAACGCAAAAAACAAACAUGGUCGAGUACUCAUUACUACGGACGCCAUUUGGUGGUCGAGUGGGCCAAAAAUGACAGUAGCAUGGAAGAGAAGCAGCAUCAUUCAAUUGAAAGUUAACUUCGGCUGAACUAAACAUAGCAUGGACAUCUACAUUGUUUUACUUACAAGCUUAUUUGAGCCUCUGUUCGAAUUUGAAAAAAAUGGGCCGCAAAGAUUUGAGCCUCUGUUCGGCUUUGCUUAGAUUCUUUCUUGAAACCCUCUUUAAUAUCUGUAAAAUAAGCCAAUCUCGAACAGGCACAGCAGAAAACUCUUCCGUGUAAGCUAGACGACAAGAAGACCAGCAACUAUUCAUUUUUACAUUCUCCUAAGAAUGGACUUAUAGACCCUCAAUCAUCCCUUUUCCAUUUUUAACAACGGCCCAUCAAAGUGGUAAAAAAAAAAAAAAUUCAUACCAAAAAUAAAAAGUAUGGCGACUAAAGAGGCGAUCUAGGGUUUCAUGAUUUCACGGCGAUGGGAUCCUGGAAAUGGAGGCGGCGAACGGGUGGAUCUACAGGAACAGCAAGGCACGGAGUGGGGGUUCUUAGAUUGGGCGAUGUUACCGAAUCUCAGGGGAUUUGAUUUGGAUAUACGGAAUGGAUAUUUUGGAAAAUUAAGGAGGACUCGUGUUUCAGAGAUCUCGAUUACGAUUUCGAUCAUCAUCAAGACAAAAUCACAGAGAUCUACAGGUAUUGAGUCUGGCUGUUUAAAGAUUCUGUAUUGUUUCUCUUUUAAGGAGAAUGGGGGAAGUACAAAAGCGAUAUGGAGAGUUGUGAUUUCUAGUGUUUAUGAUAAUAAGAUUCCAUGGAGAAGAUUGGGAACGAGAUUUCACAAAGAAUAUCAGUUGGAGAUAUAUGGAAUUAAAGGGGAUCAACCUUGGCUCGGGUAUUUGGAAAAUGGGAUUUAUUAUAAAGGGGAUAUUGGGUCUCUGUUUUAUUGGAACUCAUCGAAUCAAUUUUGUACGUUUUUCCACAGAACAAAACAAGGUAUUUCUCUCAUUUUGUUCAUCAUGACACAGGGGCAACUAGUGGGUAAUGGUGGGGACAUGAAGGAAGGAGAGAGUGCUCGAAAAAGAUUGAAGAUUACGGUGCCUCACUUCGACAACUCGGCGCUCAUCAAGACCUACUCCAAAACUCCGAUUGGAAGGUGUAUGAAUCCUCCGGGGCAAGACAUGAAGGCUUUGAUCCAGAAUGUACCUAAGAUAUGGAAGUCGGAGGAUCAGGUGAUUGGGACAGACUUGGGGUUUGGCAAGUUUCAAUUUGAUUUUGAAACAGAGAAUGAUAUUGAUGCGGUCAUGAAGCUUCAACCUUAUCAUUUUGAUUACUGGAUGCUUGCUUUGGCGCGGUGGCAACCAAAGAAGAAUCAACUAUUCCCAUCCGAAAUCACUUUUUGGGUUCAAGUGAUUGGUGUUCCAAUGGAGUUCAGGAUGGCCCCAACUUUUGAAAGCCUCGGCGAGGCACUUGGAAGAUUAGUAGCAGUGGAUGUGGAACAUUGUCGAGUUCACGUGGUGGUGGAUGCGUUUCAAGAGUUAUGCUUUGAAACCACUUUGAACUUCAAAGGGGGUGAGUUCUAUGAUGGCGAGGAAGUAAAGAUCUCUUUGAGGUAUGAGAAACUGUUCGGGUACUGUGAUGUUUGUUCGAGUCUCUGUCAUAAAGAGGAGCUAUGUCCUCUGUCAAAGAAGACUGUCGCGAAGGCGAGUCCAGAGAAGAGAAGGGAAGAUAGAGAAGGGAACGGGGGUUGGUAUGAUGGGGGGAAGCAUGACAAUCGAGCACGGAGCUAUAAGGGGGUAGUCAUCAAUGGAGCUCCGAAACAACAAUACAAAGAGUGAGAUGGCCGCGACUACCAUGGGAAGGGCAAGGGCAAGAUGACUGAUGAGGCUGACUUGAAAUGGGUUAAGGCGGCUGAUAGAGGAAACAAGGGAUCCUCUAAUGGCCACAAAGGCUACCGCGGAGAUGGCGAGGGCUCGAGAUACAGAAGUUCACUGAGAGAUGAGACUCAGGUUGAUACUCAAGAGGGCCAUGGUAGGACUUUAUCAGGACACACAGGGGCUCAACAGGUUCAUGGUACAGUAAGGAGUGAGGCGAAGGAAGAUGGAGAGAUUAGGGAUCCUGUGGUGAUCGACAAAAUACUUCCCUCUCAAGAAUUCCAGGAACAACUUGUUAAUUAAGACUCAGACGUUGGGAACAGAAGCUAUCUCAGAUCCUAUGGAGGUGGAGAAGGGGCUCCAAAUGAUUCAGGGUUUGGUGGAGAAACAACCGGUUUUGGAGGAUGAUAAGGUGAUGAAUAUGGAUGAGUUUCGAGCUGUCUUUUUGGAGCACGGAAUUGAUUUGGAUGCGGCAGAUAGCUUACCAGACGUUUCUGAUAGUGAGCUGGAGGAGAUGAUGAAGGAACAGGAGGAGGGUGAUAACACCCAGAGGGAGCUGGAGAUAGGCACUAACGCUGAGGAGAAGGAGCAGGUUGAUGAAGUAACAGGGAAGAAGCAUGCUUCUCGCAAGAGACUGCUUAAGGCCUCAUUGGGUACCGCAGUGAGCACGAAGAUGAGGAUUGCGUCUGCGCUUGCUUCGCCGCGGAAACGAGCUCCGACCAAGACAGGCACACGUCAUGGAGAUAACGUCAAGCAGCAGGAGAGCAAGGGACCCUAAUUCCCGAAGAGUGGAAUUCCAAAACCAUAGGUUUUAUGAAUCAAGUUUUCUCUGUUGUUUUAAGUGGGCGGGGUUUUAAUUUUCGUAUUGGGUUUUACUUUUUUCAAAUAAGUUCUAUGAGCAAGUAUGGUGUAGUUGGUUCAAAUGGUAGCACGGUUUCUUUUUGCGGUUUGGGUUUAAGGUGUCUUCUUUGUCCUUUUAAUCUUGUUAUGUGGUUUGGGAAUAAAAAGGAACUUUCAUGGAUUCAACAUUGGGUUCAUCUUAGAUGGUUUUCCAUGGUUAAUCUACAGGUAUCUCUUAGUAUAAUGGUGCUAGGUGGAUUCUCUGGCGAUGACUUUUGGAAUGUAUGGGAGAGUUGGAUUAGAUCUAGUACACAUAAUGUCACUAAUAAUUGGUUUUUUCUUACCAUUAUCUUGAUCGGGUGUGUAAAGCCAAAUUGGCUAGGUAAUGGGUUGGUAUUAGUGGCUUUGAAUGUAAAGGGUGUGGCCCAAAAGCAGUAUGAACAAAUGCUUGCGAUUUUGGUUCUUAUGGCCACAGUAGCUAUUUUUUUAAAUAAGAUUCAGUAUAAGAAUUCUACGGAGAGAAUUAGUAGGGAAGAUUCGAAGAGUAAUUAUUAUAAUUUGCAUUGCCUUGGAUAUGUGGAUAUAUUUGAACUGCAAGGGAUUAGAUUCUUUAUGACAUGGGCUUGUCUUAAUAGAUUUCCUCAGUUGAUUUCGAGAUCAUGGUUAUCGAGAAUGAGACAGAACUCGGGUGUUUCAAGGGGGGCUUUGUUAUUAAAUCACAGUUAUAAUAAUAAUGGUUAUCGGAAUGUGGCAUUACGUCAAGGUGUGAUGGAACUAUAUAGGGGUUUUGUAUGUGUUGAAUGUGUAACAAUUGCUCUGGUAUGGUGGUUAUGGAAUGUUGGCAUUUUUCGGUCUUUGGGUGACAUCAAGCCUGAAUCCUCUAGCUCGCAUGAGCAAUAUAAAAAUAUUUUUUUAUGAAAAUACUAAGUUGGAAUUGCAGAGGACUUGGAAGUCACUGGACCAUAAGUUAUCUUAAGGAAAUACGGCAUAAGCAUAAACCAGAUUUUUUAUUUUUGUCAGAGACGAAACAGGAGUUUGAAUUUGUUCAAAUAUUUCAGGCUCACUUUGGAUAUGAUAGCUUGGUUACUGUGGAUCCGAGCGGGAGAAGUGGUGGUUUGGCUCUUUACUAUAACAAUGAAUAUCAAGUAAAAAUAGUAUACUCUAGUAAUAGAAUGAUUGACAUAGAAGCGGUGUCUAAUGGAAAACAAGUCUUUCUUACUUUCGUUUAUGGAGAUCCGGUUCAAAAGCUAAGAGAACAGGUAUGGGAACGCUUAACUCGAUACGGAUUAGCACGAUCUGAACCCUA